GGUAGAUGGAGUAGAUCCAAUCAAUCUGUGAGGUGAAAGAAGACAGAUCACUUCAGUCGCCACAAUUAGCCAUGGAUAAGGCAUACAUUGCCAUCCUCUCCUGCGCCUUCCUCUUCCUGGUCCACUACGUUCUCGGCAAGGUCAGCGAUGGCAGGCGCGGCAACAAGGGCGCCGUGCAGCUGCCGCCGAGCCCCCCGGCCGUCCCGUUCCUCGGCCACCUCCACCUCUUGGAGAAGCCCAUCCACGCCACGAUGUGCCGCCUCGCCGCGCGCCUCGGCCCGGUCUUCUCCCUGCGCCUCGGAUCCCGCCGCGCCGUCGUCGUGUCCUCGUCCGAGUGCGCCAGGGAGUGCUUCACGGAGCACGACGUGACCUUCGCCAACCGGCCCAAGUUCCCGUCUCAGCUCCUCGUGUCCUUCAACGGCACGGGGCUCAUCGCGUCCAGCUAUGGCUCGCACUGGCGCAACCUCCGGCGCGUCGCCACCGUGCAGCUGCUCUCCGCGCACCGCGUCGCCUGCAUGUCCGGCGUCAUCGCCGCCGAGAUCCGCGCCAUGGCGCGCCGGCUGUUCCAUGCCGCCGAGGCGUCCCCCGACGGCGCCGCGCGGGUCCAGCUGAAGCGGAGGCUGUUCGAGCUCUCCCUCAGCGUGCUCAUGGAGACAAUCGCGCAGACCAAGGCGACCCGCUCGGAGGCCGACGCCGACACGGACAUGUCCGUGGAGGCGCAGGAGUUCAAGGAGGUGGUGGACAAGCUCAUCCCGCACCUCGGCGCCGCCAACAUGUGGGACUACCUGCCCGUCAUGCGGUGGUUCGACGUUUUCGGCGUGAGGAACAAGAUCCUGCACGCUGUGAGCCGGAGGGACGCGUUCCUGCGGCGGCUGAUCGAUGCCGAACGCCGGAGGCUGGCCGACGGUGGCAGCGAUGGCGAUAAGAAGAGCAUGAUCGCCGUGCUGCUCACUCUGCAGAAGACGGAGCCAAAGGUCUACACCGAUACCAUGAUCACGGCUCUCUGUGCGAAUUUAUUUGGGGCCGGGACGGAGACAACGUCAACCACGACAGAGUGGGCGAUGUCGCUCCUGCUGAACCACCCGGCGGCGCUGAAGAAGGCCCAGGCCGAGAUCGACGCGUCCGUCGGGACCUCCCGCCUGGUGUCGGUCGACGACCUGCCCCGCCUCGCCUACCUGCAGUGCAUCGUCAGCGAGACGCUCCGCCUCUACCCGGCGGCGCCGCUGCUGCUGCCGCACGAGUCCUCCGCCGACUGCAAGGUCGGCGGCUACAACGUGCCGGCCGACACAAUGCUGAUCGUGAACGCGUACGCCAUCCACCGGGACCCGGCGGUGUGGGAGCACCCGCUGGUGUUCAAGCCCGAGAGGUUCGAGGACGGCAAGGCUGAGGGGCUGUUCAUGAUACCGUUCGGGAUGGGACGGCGCAGGUGCCCCGGGGAGACGCUGGCGCUGCGGACGAUCGGAAUGGUCCUGGCAACGCUGGUGCAGUGCUUCGACUGGGAACCGGUGGACGACGUGAAGGUGGACAUGACGGAGGGGGGAGGAUUCACCAUCCCAAAGGCCGUGUCGUUGGAGGCCGUGUGCAGGCCGCGCGCGGUCAUGCGCGACGUGCUUCACAACCUCUAAUCAUCUACCUUGCAUCUUGGACUUGUAACUUCGUGCUCGGUAGCAUUGUAUAAGGGUUGAUAGCUUGUUGCGCUGUUAGUAAAUAUAAAUAAAUAAACUUCCCAUA